CACAGGUGUGGCUGACCCGUCCGUCGGUCAGCACGCACAGAAAAGAGGGGUGCACGCAACGCACCCCGCGUUCAUCGGAUCCAACGCCUCUCCCUACAAGGGAAGCCCGGCGGGCAAAGCGUGGAUGAUGCAUGCAUGUGCUGUCGCUUGAUUGAGCGCGCAUGGACCUCGCAUGAGAGCGCAACGCGAGCAUCGAUCGAUUCGGAAGGGGGCGAAGACACGCAACUGGUCUGCCGCUUUGAGCUCCUUGCUUCUGAGCUUUGUUUCUCUUCUUGCAGAUCGCCGUGCCGCAUCUCAGAUGCCCUCCAUUUCACGCGCACCAAGUCACGAGUCAGCUCUUCAGUCGCCUCCUGGCGGGAAGGGCAACCAUGGGGUUCGUGGUAACCGAAACAAAAGGCGGGUCUGCGUGCUGUACUUGGCACACGAGACGAUGCUCCUGUGCUCGUUAGCUUUUGCUGUCUGUCUCUUGGUCCCUCAACCAGCAAGGCAGAGUUGUGAUCGCAGUGUCACUCGCUCGAUCGGACCUCCCCGAGGCAAGCCUUUGUGUACAUACAGUACUGUACCCUAGCUGUAGCUGCUGCACGCUCCUUGCCUAGCUGCUGCGUGGCUGCCGACGCGAACGCUCAAAGCGGGGUCUCGUGAGAGUGGCUUGCAAGUCGCCGAGCGUGAUGACGCGUUGGGUCAACAA